AGUUUUCCAGAGUUUCCGAGUUUCGGAGCGAUGCAGUAUAUUGUGCUGCUCAGCGUUCUGCUCAUCGGAGCAAACGCUCAACUUUCAGCGACAAGAGACCAAGAAUGCAAAGAAAACGAGAGCUUCCAGACGUGUGGCACGGCUUGCGAGCCGACUUGCGGGCUUCCGACUCCGACUUUUUGCACACUGCAAUGCGUCAUGGGAUGUCAGUGUAACAGUGGAUUCUUCCGCAGAACUUCGGAUAAUCGUUGUGUUGAGCAGAAGGACUGCAAUGUUGCGGCGAAUGAGACGAUUCCAAUUCCACCACCAGCCACCAACCUCACAUGCCCAGUCAACGAGGUAUCCAACGAGUGCCACAACCCAUGCACCGAGAAGAAGUGCCCACAAAAGAAUGCUCCACAGGUGAACUGCUUGAUGGCCUGCCAAGUCGGAUGCUCCUGCAUGGACGGAUUCGUCAGAAACAACCAAGGAGUGUGUGUCAAGGAGGCCGAGUGCCCAGCGAUUGGCUCUCAAACCUGCGGAACCAACGAGGAGCCCAACCAGUGUCACAACGCGUGCUUCGAGAAAAAGUGUCCGGUUAAGCCCCAGCCACUGGUAAACUGUAUGGAGAAAUGCGACAUCGGAUGUUCCUGCAAAAAGGGAUUCCUCCGGAACCGCCAGGGACAGUGUGUGAACCCUACCGAGUGUCCGGCUACUGGCUCCACACUGACUUGCUCCAAGAAUGAGGAGCCCAAUGACUGUCACAAUUCGUGCUCCGAGGCAAAAUGUCCUGUCAAUCCACAGCCAUUUGUUAGGUGCAUGAUGAGGUGCGAAAAAGCAUGCUCUUGCAAGAAGGGACUCGUUAGGAACCGGCAGGGACAGUGUGUGAAGCUUGCAGAGUGCCCACCGACUGGCAAGACUGACACAAACCCAUGUGCCUUGGUACUCUGCAAGCCCGGUCACCGAUGCACCAUGUCAACUGGCCAGGCAACUUGUGUGCCAGGCAGCACUGACGAGAACCCAUGCAACUUGGUGGACUGCCGUACCGGUCACCAAUGCUCCAUGUCAACUGGCAAGCCGACUUGUGUACCAGAUUAUUCGGACACCCCGUCCCCACUGUUCCCAGGCAAUGGCUCUGACAUUAACAUCCAAAUCACCCCAUGCUCCACGAUGAAAUGCUCCGCUGGCACCGAAUGCAUGGAAGUGCAGAAAAAUUGCACAGAGCCCCCGUGCGGUUUCCAAGGAGUCUGUGUGAACACUACAGAGGUCCCAGUCGGCGGUUGCGCCACUAUGAGAUGCUCCGCAGGAACCACCUGCCAGGAAGCCCUCGUCAAGUGUGCCAAGGCUCCGUGCCCAAGCCACGCGGCGUGCAUCCCAAACUCCAACGAGACUUUGAGCAGCUGCGCCGCCGUGACUUGCCCAGUUGGGGAGAUUUGCACGGAGACUUUGGUUCAGUGCUUCGUGGAGCCUUGCCCACCACUAGUAUCCUGCACGCCAAUCAACAGCACUGUUAUCAACUCUACAACGACCUCUGACAGCGGCUGUGCCAGCGUCUCCUGUCCAGUUGGGGAACGCUGUGAGGAGACUACAAUGGCCUGUUUAAUGGCUCCUUGUCCAAAAGCCGUCUCCUGCGUGCCAAUGAACGGAAAUCAAAAUUCAACGGCUAGGCAAGGAUGUGAUGUGGUUAGGUGUCGAGCCAACGAAGUUUGCGAAGAGCAGAAGGUGGAUUGUGUUAAGGCUCCGUGCCCAAUGCAAGUUGCCUGCGUUAGCAUCGUCCACCUUAACUCCACAACCCCAGCCCCUGGCUCCACGUGCGCUAAAAAUCAAACUAUGAGUGAUUGCCUCAACACUUGCAGUGAAGACAAAUGCCCAGGAAUGUCAAAAAGCAUGAUGUGCACCAAACACUGCGGCCAGGGUUGCGCCUGUGCCUCCGGCUACCUCCGAUCCAGCGACGGCGAGUGCUACAAGCCCAAGGAUUGCCCACCAGAGUGCGGUCAAAACGAGGAGUACCGGUGUGAAAAGUGUGCGGGUACCUGUAAAAACCCGGAGCCAAACUGCCCGGGACCAAAGAACAAGAGCUGUAAGAGGGCUUGCAUUUGUGCGCCGGGCUUUGUGAAGAAGAAUGGAAAAUGUGUGACGCUGGCUAGCUGCCCGGAUCAUGACCACACGAACAUCACCUGUCUGGGAACCCAAGAGUACACGGAUUGCAUGCCAAAGUGUCAACAGUUGUGCUCUGGGGCUCAACAGUGCGAGACUGGAAUGGAGAUAGCCAUGUGCACGCCGGGAUGUGUUUGUAGGCCGAACUAUAAGCUGGACAGCAACGGAGACUGUGUUCACAACCGGCAUUGUUUUAAGACCACCGAAUGCCCGGACAACGAGGAAUGGUCCAAGUGCCUGAGCAACGAUAACCAAUGCGACUUGGCUUCGAUUUCCAUGAUCGCCAACAAGGAUCAGUGCUUCUCGGGAUGCGUCUGCGCGGAUGGCUUCGCGAGAAACAACAAUGGGACCUGUGUGGCUUCGGAUAAAUGCUAAUAUCUCUCGAAAAUCGUUUAUUUCUUCACUUUCUACAACAUAUUGUCAAAACUCCGAACAUCAAGAACACAACUUCAAUAAACGUGACCAGGUUAAUUCCC